GUUACCAUACAGUUUGAGAUCCUUUUGGUUAGCGGACUUACAAGCCGAAACCUUCAGAAGCGUCCCUUCAUUCGAAGCGUCCAAACGUGUCUUUCUGUAUCUCUGCAUUAUUGUCUUCGAUCGACCAAUCGGCUCGUUCUUCCUAUCCUACUGGAACAUCAUCACCAACUAAAGAGUCAAUUUAAAAAUCAUAUAAUUCAACAAAAAAAUGGCCGAAACCAAAUCCGCUUCCCGCUCCGGCUCGAAAUUGAACUUGAACGAGUCCACUAUGCCAUUGUUGGACGAUGAGGCUCACGAAAAGGCCGAGACUCCCGAAAAGGAUGUCAUUGAAAUGAAGGAAAAGGCAUCCACCACAUCGGAGGGUGAAAAGGACGACUCUAACCCUGAAAAGAUUGAGGAAGAGAAGAAGGACGGUGACGAUGAAAGCGGCGACAAGAAGAAGAAGAAGAAGGAGAAGAAGGAAAAGAAAGAGAAAAAAGAAAAGAAGGAGAAAACGGCCUGCCAUCGCCGGACACAAAGCUGCGUCCAGACUUUCACCGUCGGUCUGAACGUUCUCGACCGUGACGAGAAGCACAUCAACGACACCAUCAACUUGAACUUUGAAGACAUCUUGGCUGAACCGGAUGUCGCCCAUGGAUUCGAUCCGAUCUGGCGCUCGGCUUUCAUCCUCUUCACCGGUACGCGCUUCUGGAUUUAUCGUCUGCUAUCGGCCAUCCUUGCCCUGCCAUUGGCCCUCGUGUGGGGUAUUACCUUCUCGCUCAUCACCUUCUUCUCCGUUUGGUUCGCAACGCCCAUUUUGCGUAUCAUGGAUGUCUUCCUCUUCUACAUUCGAAGGGUCUGGGUCGCUUUGGUGCAGACGACGUUGGAACCGGUUGCCAAUGCUGUUGGCGGUUGCUUUUCCAAUGUUAAAUUGACGCAUAACAAUCAAGUGCAGACAGUCUAAAACGUCAACAACACAACAACAUUUUCUCGCAGGGAUUGAUGGAAAGAGAAAAGCGACAUCGAGAUAGUCGAAACGAUACAGUGUCUUGCAUUUUUUUUAGUUUAUUUUCAUUUUCUUUGACGAAAUUGAAUAGAUGAUAAAAAUGUAUCGUGUGUGACAUCCAUGUUUGGGUCCCAAUUGCCUUAUUCAAAACCAUUAUCUUUUUUUUUACGUCUCCCAUCCCAUACAUCUUUUCUGUUUCUUUCUCUUUGGGUUUGUUUUGUUGUUCUAUGUGUUUUUAUACCGACAUGUCAGACUCCUCACAACCCGUUUCGUCGUCAUCGUCGUGAAACUUCACUGGUUUAUGAUUUUUCAACACAUACUUUUACGGUAUUUUUUUAGAAAUUACAUUUUUACUGACAACACGCAUGGAAUAAAUCGCCGACACUCCCCGCAUGUUCAACUGCAAAUAUGUUCAAAAAGAAAAUGUUUGGUGUUGUUAUUCUGUGUGUGAGCAAUUCAUUUUUUAUUUCUUUUUUUCUUGUGGAAACAGUAGAAGCUAAACGAAUUUUGCGAAAGAGAAAAAAAAAAUCAUUCAUAUAGUUUUAGAUAAAAAAAAGAAUCACGGAUGAUAGAAAUAAUAAUAAAUAAUUGAAAAAGGAAGCAAUGAGAUUUUAAAUACACGGUUGUUUGAA